GUGGUUUUUGGCUCACAGAAUCACAGUUGCAAUUUUACAAAUUUCUGUGGUCUAAUAGUCAACCUCUCAAUAAAUAUACUCCUACCCAGAAAACUCCAACCCAUUUCAUCAAUUCAUCUUCAUUUUCCUCUAAAUCAACCACCUCCCACCGAUCAAUCGCCAUUAUCGCAACCUUCAUCAAACAUCAACAAUGUCUUCCUCUUCAAUUCUACGAACAUCAAAACCAUCAAUUCAUCUUCUAUCUUCAGCUCAACGUCUCCCUGUUCGCCACCUCUCUUCCGCCGCAGCAAGUGGCGCAAUCAAGGGGGACCCACAAUCAUCUUCCUCCCAAUCCAACAACAAAUCAUGGGUUCUGAAAUUGGUUUCUGGAAUUGCAGUUGGAUCAAGUUUGGGGGCUUUGUUUUACCCAAUUUCGCCUAAUCAUAAUGAUGUUGUUGAUAAUGAUAAUAAAAAUGUUAAUUCUUCAUUUCCAUCAUCUUUUUUUGAUUAUUUUAAAGGAAAAUCAAUGUUAGUUUUUGCUGAUUGGUCAUCUGCUCCCACAGAAGCUACUUCGAUUUCUUAUUUGGAAUCUGCUCCUCGUUCUCUCUCCUUGAAGAAUUCCAGAUUUCUUUUUCCGGAUGCUUUUAGGAGGAAGGUCUUUUUCAAAUAUGAAAAACGUAUACGAAUGCGAAGUCCUCCAGAGAAGGUAUUUGAGUAUUUUGCAUCAGUUCAAAGACCUGAAGGAGAAAUACUGAUGACACCGGCAGAUUUGAUGCGAGCUGUUGUCCCUGUAUUUCCCCCAUCUGAAUCAGGUCUGGUCCGAGAUGGGUCUCUUUCAGGGGAGAGGUGUCCUGGCGAGCUAAGAUGUCCUACUUCUGAGUUUUUUAUGCUCUUUGACGUGAACAAUGAUGGGCUAAUUUCUUUUAAAGAGUACAUCUUUUUUGUCACCCUACUCAGCAUCCCGGAAUCAAGCUUCUCCGUGGCUUUCAAGAUGUUUGAUAUUGAUAAAAAUGGAGAAAUUGACAGGGAUGAAUUCAAAAAAGUUAUGGCUCUGAUGAGAAAUCAAAACAGGCAAGGAUCUAGUCAUUGUGAUGGACUUAGACCUGGUUUUAAACUUGGAGGCUCUGUCGAAAAUGGAGGCUUAGUUGAGUAUUUCUUUGGUGAGAAUGGUGAAAUGCCAUUACAAUAUGACAACUUUGUCCGAUUCUUAAGAAAAUUACAUGACGAAAUUGUGAGAUUAGAGUUUUCCCACUAUGAUUAUAGAUCACAAGGGACCAUAUCAGCCAAGGAUUUUGCUCUCUCCAUGGUUGCUUCUGCUGACAUAAGGCAUGUAAACAAGUUGCUUGAACGGGUUGAUGAAUUAGACAAUGACCCACAACUUAAGAGUACACGCAUUUCAGAAGACGAAUUCCGCAAAUUUGCAGAGCUGCGUACAAAACUUGAGCCUUUUGCUUUGGCCUUAUUGGCUUAUGGUAAAGUAAAUGGUUUAUUGACAAGAAAGGACUUUCAACGAGCUGCAUCUCAGGUGUGUGGUGUUUGUCUCAAUGACAAUGUGGUGGAAAUAAUAUUUCACGUUUUUGAUGCAAACCGUGAUGGGAAUUUGUGUGCUGAAGAAUUCCUGAGAGUUAUGCAUAGACGGGAGAGAGACAUUGCCCAACCAACCGAGACAGGCAUAUUUGGCUUUUUGUCAUGCUGCCGAAACUGUGCAAAGAGUUGUUCCUUCUCUCGGCUAUUUUCCUGAUUCGGAACUUAAUUCUUGGGGAAUACAUAAUGACGGUUUAGUUCCAUGAUAUAGGAACCUGAUGUAGCAAAUUUGGAAGUUUGAAACUUUGAAGCUAGCCUCAUUGAUCUGUCUGACUGUUGAAAGAAAGUGGCAAUAGUUAGUCGAGGGGCACAGUAAGCUGGAGAAGGCGGUCACCUCAUCCUGUCUUCAACUACGGAUCUAGAGUAUAGAUAAAUAGACUGUAUGCAGCUGUGAACUUGUAAUCUGAUGAAGUAAUCAUAGCUCCUGACGAUACUAGACUACACCAUCAUAACUCAGGUGGUUGUAAAUUUUGUUCAUAGGAAUACUAGUUAUAUUAAGAUACUUCGUAUAUCUUGUUUCAUGUAUUUCCCUUACAAUUGGGUUUUAGCAACCGACUGUUUUAACGUGUGAGCCAUAUAAGUUGAUUGCUUUUAUAUAAAUAUGAAGUAUAUAGAACUAUUAUAUUGUUUGGCAUUUGUUA